GCGGGAGGCGGAGUGGGCGGCGGCCGGCGCGCAGGGCUCCCCCGAGCAGGACCUGUGUUGGCUUCAUCUGUGAAAUGGGCGUCUGGAUGGGUGAGCCCUGUGCGGAGGCCCCUCCAGGAGGAAGAUCUGCGAUGAAAACCCACAGCAGGGGGAGGAAACCAGUGUUCUAGCUCAGAUCAGCAAACUCAGCAGCUCCGGGGUGGCUCACUGGACUAGCUGCUCCAGAGGAAAGAGCAGGUCGAGAUGACCACAGCUACCCCUUUGGGGAGUACCACAUUCUUCUCAUUGAACAUGACCACCAGAGGAGAAGACUUUCUGUACAAGAGUUCUGGAGCCAUCGUUGCUGCCAUUGUGGUGGUUGUCAUCAUCAUCUUCACCGUGGUUCUGAUCUUGCUGAAGACGUACAACAGGAAAAUGAGGACAAGACGGGAGCUGGAGCCCAAGGUCCCCAAGCCAGCCUCCCCUUCUGCCCUGGGCCCAAACAGCAACAGCAGUCAACACCCUGCAACUGUGACCUUCAGCCCUGUUGACGUCCACGUGGAGACUCGGUGACCCCCCAUCCUGGGUGCUGUCUUGGCCACUGUCCAAAGAGCCUUCAGUCAAGACCAAGAAGCACAUUUCUCCUCUGGCAGCUUCACUAUGAGUUUGUUCCGGUCAGGUCAACAGGGGCAUCUCUUAUGCAAUCCCUGAUGCUUCAGGCAACCCCCAACCCCAUCCUGCCAGGCCCCACCCCAGGUACGUCCAUAUCCCUGCUGCCACCCUUCCAAAAAGCUGUGCUAUUUUGGGAAUCCACUGCUGUGGGUUUAGCUGUCUCCUCCCAAACACAAUAGCUAGACAGACAGACAGACAGACAGGCAGAUAGCCCAGGAGUCUUCUGGCCAGGAGUCAGGGGUCAGGGCAUGCUCCUGAGAGGGUCUGCCUGAGGUCAUAUCAGAGGAAGAGCCAUAUCCACAGCUUUGUAGAGCAAAAUAGUCAAUCCCAUAAUCAAGCACAGGGAAACUAACUUGGACUAACUCACCAAAAACCCAGCUUGUUAAUUUAUAACUUGUUCCAGUGCUAAAUGACCGCUAGCUAGCUCAUGAUGAUUGAUCAGCACAUUUCUCCCUCUUUAAGAAAGGUUUUGGGAAAAACUGGAUUCUUCUCCAAAGGUGUCUACUUCUUUAGUAAAGAGUCAAAGUCGAAGGCAUAGGAUGACCUUGAGGAAGAAUGGCAUCUAGGAUGAAAGCUUGUUGUAGUGUCCAUGGGCCUGGAAUGAGCCUGGUGUCUGGUCAGGGCCCCUCCCCCCCCCCAUGGGGGCUGGAUUAACCUUGACUCAGUCUCAUUUCUUGGCUUCCCUCUAUUUGGAUUCUGAGCAAUCCUCACUCUCCAGUUACCAUCUUACCUCCAAGGUCCAGUAUUUGGAGACUGAUUAGAUUACGACUCUAUUUAUGUUACCUCUGCCCUUCCUGGUCACCUUGCAAAGAUUCAGGAUAUAUUCAAAGUACCACAUUCACAAACCAUUCCUCUGGACAGAACUCAUCUCUUUGACACGUUAGCCUGGAGAACAAUCUACUGAAAGAGGAAAGCAUUUUGGAGUUAAGAAGACCUGCCUUCCAAGCCCUAUUUCCUGGUUUUGUGGCCUUGGGAAAGUGACUUGACCCCUCCAUAUUCUGUUUCCUAACAUGAAAUGGGAAUAACAUCUGCCUCACUGGGUGACUAUAACAAGCCAAGGACUUAGUAAAGCAGCUUAGGUAGUGCCUGGCACCCAGCAGAGGCUUUAUAAAUGGGAGCCAGCAUUAUUAUUACGAAUUUCUUCCAUUGUAAGACAUACACUUGUUCCCAUUUUAAUGAUUCUGAAAUCAGAGUAUGUCUUAAAAUUGAUGGGUCCACUAAUAAGGUUGCAUUUUUUUUCUCUCUCUCUCUCAAAAAGCUGUUUUUUAGCCAGUUGUGCAUUUUACAAUUGAAGGCAUCUUGGAAACAAGGUAAUAAAUCUGUAUUCUGUUACAGACAGUGACACACUCUGACAUUUAACCUUAAAUUCUAGGAGUCUCUCCUUCUGAGGGAAAUCCCUUCUGAGGGAAAACUGAGGGUCAGGAGGUAAGAAGACGGACACAGGGUCACACAGUUCAUGUCAUCCCACUAUAAAAAUGCUCACUUGAAUAUAUCUGGAGAAAUACAGGCAAAUUCUUUCUCCCCAGACAUCUCUUCUCCCUCCUGUGUUUAAAUAUCCACCAGACACUUUGCAA